CGUCGCGAGCAUUUAUUAAUGUCUGACGUGACCCAGAUGCAUCGGCAGCUCCUGGAGCGGCGCUUGGUUUUCCCGCCCGAAACCCAAACCUAAGAGCUCCGGCGGGAAUGGCGCCGCCCGAUGGCUUCAGGACCGGCGACGAGGUGGAGGUGAGCUCCGACGAGGAUGGCUUCCGCGGCGCUUACUUCGAGGCCCGGGUGGUCCGCUCCAUGCCCAAGAUCCGCCGCUACACUGUCGACUAUGACGCCAUCGUCGACGAGUCCGACCGCUCCCGCCGCCUCAGGGAGACCGUCGAUGCCCGGCACGUCCGCCCGCGGCCGCCGCGCCACCUCGGCGCCACCACGCUGGGGCUUCUUACCCUCCACCAGCCCGUCGACGCUUUCUACAACGACGCGUGGUGGGUCGGAGUGGUCUCGGUGGCUCCCAAGGGGAGGCAGACGAGGUAUCGCGUCUGCUUCCCUGCCAGCCGGGAGGAGAUCGAGUUCGGGGCUGAUCGACUCAGGGCGCAUCUCGAGUGGAUCGAUGAGCAAUGGGUUCUUCCCAACCCGCCGGCUCCCCAUGAGACACCAUACGGUCCUGGAACUCAAGUUGAAGUUGCUCGUCUGAAAGAAAGUUCUCCUGUUGCUUGGUUCUCUGCACUUGUCGUUAAGACAAUUUGGAAAAGUUAUGUCUUGGUGGAGUACAUUAACUUAAAGAAUGUGGGUGACAAGAGGUUGCUGAGGGAAAUUGUUGAUUUGCAGCAUAUCAGGCCUCGCCCUCUUUGUGUUCCCGUAGUUAAAUUUGAUCAACAUGCCGAGGUUGAGGCAUUUUAUGGAAAUGGGUGGUGGCUAGGGGUGAUAACUAAGGUCAAUGACAAUUCCUGCUAUUCAGUGAAAUCCAUACACUGGGGUAAAGAAAAAGAAUUCAAUCUUACAAGACUACGCCAUCAUUAUGAGUUAGUUAAUGGACAAUGGGUUCAGAAACCUCAGACUCUUCCAUCAAUGGAUAUUGGAGAAGGAAAAGUGGUUGAAGUUAGCAGCGACGAAGAAGGUUUUUCUGGAGCUUGGUUUGCAGCCACCGUGCUCAAGUUAAUCGGGAAGGAUAAAUUCCUUAUCCAGUACCGUAAUCUCAAAACAGAGGAUGAGACCGAGCUUCUAACUGAAACUGUAGAUCUUCCACAUAUCAGGCCUACCCCUCCAGAAUUUCCGGCAAUCGAUAGGUUCAGGUUCCUUGAAGAAGUUGAUGCAUUUUACAAUGAUGGUUGGUGGGUUGGGGUGAUAACCAAGGUUCUUGAGAAUGGAAGGUAUGUUGUCUACUUCAGGUCUUGGAAGGAAGAGAUAGAGUUUGGGCAUGAUAACCUAAGGCCUCACCAGGACUGGAUCGAAGGAAGAUGGGUAAGGUUUUCACAGAAGUUACUAGCAUCGGUACGUUGUUGAGUGAUUACAGUUAACUGCUAGGAUUAUAUGCUACUCGUUAUCCUUGCAUGUUCUGAACCAUUUAGAUGUAUAUAACUGCAAUUCUGCAAAUGAAAUCAUCUGUAAUGAAUCUAAAUUCUGAAUUUCGGGCAUUCUGAGAAUUUUAUAAUCUUGGAGGAAUUUGGAAAAGGGAAGUGAGUUGGUAUGACUUUUAAUUUUA